AUGUUUCACUCUCCCAGAAAGUACGAUGUAUUCAUUAGCUUCAGAGGUGAGGACACCCGCACCACAUUCACUAGCCAUCUUCGGGAUAGUCUCUACAAGCAAAAUAUCCAAACAUAUAUUGAUUAUGAGCUUAAAAAAGGAGAUGAGAUAUGGCCAACACUUGCCAAAGCAAUCCAAGACUCUCAUAUAUCCAUUGUUAUUUUCUCAGAAAACUUUGCUUCCUCAAAAUGGUGCUUGGAUGAACUCCUCAAAAUACUCGAAUGUAGAGAAAAUCAAGGACAGGUAGUUAUACCUGUGUUCUAUAAAAUAGAUCCAUCAGAUGUACGUUACCAGAUCGGUACAUACAAAAAAGCAUUUGCAAAACAUGAGAGAGCUGUUAGGAAUAAUGAAUCCUUCUUAAAAGUUUCUGCAUGGAAAGAAGCUCUAACUAAAGCUGCCAAUAUAUCUGGAUGGGACUCUAGCACCCAUAAGAAUGAUUCUGAAGUCAUCCAGAACAUUGUGCAAGAUGUUUGGCAAAAGCUGUCCCUUAAGUAUCCUAAGGAACUUAAAGGCCUUGUUGAGAUUGAUGAAAACAGUAAUUACAUUGAAUCAUUACUGAAAGAAUUUCCAAGAAUUGGAAUUUGGGGCAUGGGUGGUAUAGGUAAAACUACCAUUGCUAGAUCUCUGUUUGCCAAACACUUUCCAGAAUAUGAGAGUGUCUGCUUCUUGGAAAAAGUGAGAGAAGAAUCAGAAAAGUUGGGAAUAACAUCUGUACGUAAGAAGCUUCUUGGUGAGCUAUUAAAGCAACAAAUCACCACAUCUGAUACUCUUGGAACCACAUUCAUAGAGAGGAGGCUCAGUAGCAAAAGAGUUUUGAUUGUACUUGAUGAUGUGGACAAUGCUACACAAUUAGAAUAUUUGUGUGGAGGACUAGAUGACCUUGGACCAGAUAGCAGACUCAUCAUCACAACAAGAGAUAAGCAUACGCUUAGGGGAAGCGUUAAUAGGAUAUAUGAGGUCACAAAAUGGACGCAUCCAGAAUCUCUAAAGCUUUUUAGCUUAGGAGCCUUCCAACAAAGCCUUCCUAAAGAGGGUUAUGAACAUCUCUCAGAAAGGGCAGUUGCAUAUGCAGGAGGCAUUCCAUUAGCUUUAAAAGUUCUAGGUUUACAUUUUCGUUCCAGAAGUAUUGAAUUUUGGGAAUCUGAAUUGAGUCAUCUUGAGAACAAGGACGAAUCCUGGGAUGAAAUUCGAGAAGUGUUACAAGUGAGCUAUAAGGGAUUGCAAAAGCGAGAGCAGGCAAUAUUUCUGGAUAUUGCAUUCUUUUUCAAAGACCAAAAUAAGGAUUCUGUCAUAAGGAUACUAGAUGCCUGUGGUUUCAGUGGUACUAGUGGAAUACAAAUCCUUCAAGAUAAAGCUCUUAUAACUAUUUCAAACAGCAAUAGAAUAGAAAUGCAUGACUUGCUACAAAAAAUGGGCCUGGAUAUAGUUCGAGAAGAAUUUAGUAAUGACCCUGGAAGACGUAGCCGAUUGAGGGAAAUUAAAGAUGUUCCUGAUGUACUUAAAAAUAGCAAGGGGACUGAUGCAGUUGAAGGCAUAACAUUAGAUUUGUCUCAAAGAGUAGAUUUUCACUUGCCAGCUGACACAUUCAACAGGAUGACUAAAUUACGAAUUCUUAGAUUAUAUGUCCCAUCGGAUAAGAAAAGAUUAGCUAAUGUAUGCAUCCCUCGAGUCUUUGAGCAGUUUUCCAAUGAAUUGAGGUACCUUGAGUGGAAUGGAUACCCUUUGAAGUUUCUUCCACAAAAUUUUUGUCCUAAGUCUCUUGUUGAGAUUCACAUGCCGUAUAGUCACGUUAAAGAGCUUUGGCAGGGAAUGCAGGAUCUUGUGAAUUUAGAGGCAAUGGACCUAAGUGAAUGCCAACAGUUGCAAAAGCUUCCAGAUUUGUCCAGAGCCUCAAAGCUUAAAUGGGUGGAUCUCUCUGGAUGUGAAAGCUUACUUGAUGUUCAUCCAUCUAUUUUGUCCCUCGACACACUUGAAACUUUGAUGUUGGAUAGGUGCAAAAAACUGAAUACUCUCAAAAGUGAGAAGCAUUUAAAAUCACUUGUGAAUAUCAAUGUCAAUGGGUGCAUAAGCCUAAAGGAGUUUUCGGUGUCAUCAGGCUCAAUGGAAAGGUUGGAUUUAAGCACUACAGGAACCAAAAAAUUGCACUCAUCAAUUGGCCGUCUAAGCAAACUUAAGUGGCUCAAUCUUGAGUAUUUAAGAUUGGAGAAUCUUCCAGAAGAGUUAUCUUUCUUGAUAUCUCUUGAGGAGCUUAGGAUUUCUAACUGCAAACUAGUUAACAAGAAAAAGCUGCAUGUCCUGUGUGAUGGGUUACGGUCCUUAAAAGUACUACAUUUGAAGGAUUGUUAUAAGUUGUUUGAACUCCCUGACAACAUUAGCUUCUUAUCAUCAUUACUCGAGUUAAGACUCGAUAGAAGUGGUAUUGAGAUGUUGCCUGAAAGUAUCAAGCAUCUUCAAGAGCUGGAGAUUCUGUCCUUAUUGAAUUGCACAAAGCUUCAAUUGCUACCUGAACUUCCACCUUAUAUCAAACAGUUACAUGUUGUCAACUGUAAAUCAUUGGUGAUAGUGUCCACUUUGAAGACUUUUUCAGUCAUGAUGAUAGGAAAGGAGAAAUUCAUAUCAUUUAAAAAUGGAAAGAAACUGAAUGAACAUUCUCUCUUUCGGAUCAUUGAAGGCUUAAUGUUUACAAUGAAAAGUGCUGCAUUUCACAAUGUCUUAGUAAGAAUGCUAAGUGUUGAUACCCGCAGCUAUAAUUAUAACAGUGUUGAGGUUUGUUUCCCAGGAUGUAGUGUUCCAAGACAGUUCACAUAUCAAACCACAGGUUCCUCCAUCACCAUUGAACUUCCUGAUCCUAAACUACGUUCUAACUUGUUAGGAUUCAUUUACUCUGUGGUUCUUCCUUCAUCCCAUGAAAUGAAGCAGCAUGGUGUUAUAAUCCAAUGUCAGUGUCGUGAGAAAGAUGGUAAAAAGGGAAAUGCAACUACGUGGCAUCAUAAAGCCAUCAAGGGAUUGAAUUCGGAUCAUGUUUUCGUAUGGUAUGAUCCAUUCCAUUGUGACAGCAUCCUCAGACAUCGUAAACAAAGUAUUAUUUGCUUUGAGUUCUUUGUUACAAUUGAAAGUGAGGAACUUCUUGUUGGUGAUUUGGUUAGUAUCAAACGAUGUGGGGUCCACCUAAUUUGGUCCUCAAUGUUAGAGGUCCAUAGUUUCUUACGAGAAUUAAACUUGGAAUUGAAUUUGAAAUUGGAUUUGGGGGUGAAAUUGGCAUUAGCAUUAGAAAUGGAGCAGGGUCGAGGGAAUUGGGAAGAUAACAAGAGAUUACUUCAUGCAUUGGAGAAUGGAGAUGAAGUGGAUGAAUCUUUGAAAAUGGAGUUAGAAUCACGACGUCGUGGGAUUUUAAUGUUAAUUGAGACAAAAAGUAUUGGAAGCAAAUUGUGA